UGAUGUUGCAUUUCCGGGGAGAGAACUGUAAGUAAACAAUACAGUUCUAUCCCCUGUCAGCUGCUGCACACUGCUAUGCAUGGCUUUGGAUAGCAGAGCCAUGCAAAGCAGUGUGCUUACAGUGAAGCACACACACACACAGCACACAGUAAAACAGCACACAGUUAACCUUUUGAUUGUCCCACAUGUUAACCCCUUCCUGCCCAGUGCCAUUAGUACAGAGUCAGUGCUUUUUAUUAGCACUGAUCACUAUAUUGGUGUCACUGGGGAUGUCAGUGACACCCAGUCAGUUCCCCCCAGUGUCAGAAUGCCCGCCACAGUCCCGCUAUAUGUCACUGAUCGCUGCCAUUACUAGUAAAAAUAAA